AUGGCGGGCAUCAUCAAGAAGCAGAUCCUGAAGCACCUCUCCAGGUCAGUGAAGUGGGGCGUCGGAGGCGCCCUUGCCGGGGCCGCUCUCAACAGGCUUCUCUGAGGGAAGGGGGCGAAACUGAACCGCCUCGUAAUAGUGCCCCGUUUCCCUUUCGCCGUGGGGCCGUAGGCGAGGGGUGGGAAAGUCCCCGAGGUUGGGACCUGUUCGUCCCUCUUGUAUGUUUUGGAGGCGUUGGGCUACCAGAAAAAACGUAUCCCUGACGCGGAGGGUCACUGCGUGUCUGCACCUGAAACUGGGCAGGUGUGUGUGCGGGGUGGAAACACUCGCCCUGCAGCAGCAAGAAAACUGAGGAGGGGGAGAGUCUUCCUUGGGGGAAAGGAGCGGGUUGGCCGCCCCAUCUCACUCUCGCCCCAUCCUGCUUCUUGCCGCAGUCGGGAAAGCCCGCACAGGAAUCCCUUCCCCUCGCGGCGUUAGAGGAAAGCCGGGCAAAGCGUGGCGGCGCCUGAGCCCCUUCGCCCGUCCCCGCCGGUGCUAAGCGCGCGGCGGCGACAAGGCAACCGAGUCGUAGGUGUCUCGAGAAGGAAGCCGCGCAGGCAGGAGCCCGAGGCAGAAGUGGGUGGAUUGUAAAUUGUGUUUGACACGUUGCCUGUGGGAGGGGCGAGCGGCAGCUUGGCUGAUGUCACCCUGCACAUUGUCUGUUGCAGACAGGUCUGGAGACGCCAGAUUUGUGUGGGAAUGAAUGACAAAUUGGGGUUGGGAGAAGCUUGGCAAGUUGUGCAUCACGGCGGGGCAAAGGAGAUGUCUGUCCGGGGUUUUGAUUCGGCAAGGCGCACAAAAACAAUAAGAAGAAAAAUGGUGAUUGGAACUGGGUUAUGCUGUUUUCGCUGGCCGUUUAAGCAAACCUUUUUGCUAUGCAUUUAUAAUCCAUGAUGAUUUGAUUGAGGGAUGUGUAUUCGCUGUUGCAGUCAAAGGUUGGCACGUUAGGGUCACACACACAAAUGAGGCAUUGAGGAACACACACAAAUGAGGCUAUUUGGCUUGUGCUGCCAAGAAAUGAAGAACUGGGGAACACUCAGAGCAGAAUAUAAAAUCAAAAGCCCUUCCUUACCACAUUCAAGAGCAUCUUAUGGAAUCUAAAUAUUGCAUAUUAAAGGCAACAGAUCUGUGUGGUAGGAUUUGGUGUUUUUAUUUUCUGCCAUCGUCUUGAAGGAUGCCCUGAUUUUCUGGAAGAGUAUUACUGAGCUUUGGUUUCCCAGAGUGUUUGCUUUGCAUGUAGAAAACUCCAGUUUCAGUCCCUAGUAUCUCUAGUUUAAAAAGGACUCAGUUGGUAAGUGAUGGGAAAGAGACUUGGGAGGCUGCUACCAAUCGGAGCAAACAGUACUAGGCUAAAUGUAGAACUAGACUGAUAUAAUGCAGCCUGCUGUGUAUUAACAAGGGAUGUCAGCUUAUUAAAAAGACUAUGAAGUUGUCAAACUAAUUAAACAUAUAAUUACUUUAAAAGAAAACAAAACCAAGCAGAGAUAUUGGAAGUGCAAUCCUGCACAUGUCUACUCAGAAACAAGUCAGACUGAGCCAGGUAAAUAAUUAAACGAUUGCAGCCUAAAGAGAAAGACAGAGGCCAAAAUUUGAUCAACUGGGAUGGGGGUGGGAAUGAGGUAUUGUUUUUAAAAUGUGUCACAUAUUCAAGCAAGUUUUGAGUGAGUUUUUUUUAACCUUGGGCAUUGUCCGAGGGCACAUGAUACAGCAAUGCUGCUGGACUCUGAGGAGGUGUACUUAGAGGAGAGACUGCCAGUGAGCACAAUGUAUGCUGUUUUGAAUUCUAUGAUGAAAACAAGGUGAAGUAUAGCUAUCUUUCUGCUACCUCGUAAAACAUAAGAUGAUGGUUCAACCUCUUCCUCCUGUGUGUGCUAACCCUUUUUGCUUUUGUGCGAAAGUAUUAGGGGUAAGACUAUAAACCACUGAUAUUGAUUUAUUCCUGUUGAAAGUAAUAGGUAGACAAGUAUCAACCUUGUAAUGUGUAGCUUGGUUCCCUUGCUUUUUGGAGUUUCUACAGACUCUAUUCUGUAGUGCAUCAAUUGUCCUACUUUCAUCUCUUCUCUGCAUUCCCUAGUCUAGAUUAUAGGCAUGUGUCUGUAUGAUCUGGAGAGUUCUGCAUGUUGACAAGGGAUUGCAAUUGAUUGCCCCAGGCAGCUUUCACCUCUCCUUCUGUGAACCAUGGUCUAAGAUUCUUAAGUAAUCAAGUGAACAGUGCGCUAGAGCAUUUUUGCCCUGAUUUCAUUUGAUCUGCCUAAACAGGUGUUUGCUUGGAUUGUUUACACAAUACCAUGUGCCCUAUUUUUAGUUGGGAUUAGUGUGCUUUUGUUUUUCAUGAUUUUUACUUGGGGAUAAAGUAGUAUAAUAUUUGUUAUUAGUAUAUGCAAAUGUCCUUUGAGAUAACAGGGUGUUGCAGUCCCAGCAGUUUUUACACUGACUUCUCUGUGCAUUCGCCAUUUUCACAACUUACUUUGUUUCCUUCCCUACCUGUCAGCAUGGCACAGACUGUACCUUUUCUAUCUGGAUGUUCUAUGGACAUUGGACUGUCACAAAUAGGUGUAUACUCGGAUAUAGUGAGAAAUGUUUUUCAGAUUCUGUGUGAAAAUGUAUACUGUACAGUGAUGUGAAUGUUAGUCCUAGUUCAAGGUGGGAACAAGUAUGCUAAUAACUGGUUGGGCAUAUCCUACCUGUUGUAGAAUUCCUGACCAACUACAAAUGCAAGCCUUUCUGUUUUUGUUGAACUCUUAUAAAUGGAGAGAUGCAACAAGGAAAUAAAUGAGGAAGUGAAGGAGACUGGUGUAGAAAGAAGUUCUAAUUGAUUUGGAUUGAAAAACUGCAGUUAAGGAUAGAUCUACUCUGUGGCUGAGAAUACACAAUUACUUUCUUUUUAAUUCUUUUCAAUGGAAUUUGGUGUUCAUUCAUUUAUUUGAAGCAUUUUAGCCUACUCUUCAGCUCUCAGAUCAGCUUACAGAUCAAUAAAAAGCCAAGACAAAAUUGACUAGAAUUAUUCUUUUUGGUUUUUACUUUCAUUAGAUAUUAUCAUAUCUGAGGCAGGAAGUACUUUUACAAAGUACCUGCCAGAAUUAAUUUAUUUCCUUUUGGUCAGCAUAAAGGAAGCAAGACCAAAUAAUUCAUGUUUAUUACUUCCUUUAGAAUGUACUAAUUCAUAUAUAUUUUAUAGCAUAUGAGGUAAAAAACACGCUCAGUCUUAUUUCCCCCUGUAACUCCUGAACUACAUGGUAACAGCAUAGCUGUUUGUUGGUGCUGUACUAUUUAUUUAAGCUUUAUAGAAUCUAAAAUCAGGACUUGGCUUUAUCUUCUCCCCACCCACAAUUUGAAGGCUUCAUUUUAAGCCACUGAGAUGAAAUAGAAACUUCAUUGUAAAUCAAUUAUUACCCAGUGUUGCUUAUUAAUAAUAUUGUUAUUAGUUAUUAAAUUUGUAUAUCGUCCUUCAUCCGAAGACCUGCAUAUGAUGAAUGGAAAGGGCAUUUUGACUGUGUUUACAUGUCACUGUUGGAAUCCAUCCAUCUUGGUAGUCAGUGGAAAAGUGCACCUUUGGGGGUCAAGUCAAACUGUUGGAAGGUUACAGUACCUGCUGUGGCUGCAGAGAUCGAUAUGGGAGAGACAUGUUUUGUUGCAGCUGGAGGUGUUCAGUUGCGCUGCUGAAGAUGCACCAUGGCGUUUCUUCUCUCUGUGCUCCUCCCAGUGCUCAACCCUUCUCUAGUCACUGCUAUGGAUGUACGACUUUACUGUCUGUUUCCAAGCACUGCAGUUGUCUGCAAGGGAUUCCCACAUAGCAGGGUUGAUGUUGCCAGCCUUCAUGCCUCUUCUGCAGAAAUCUUUGUAAUGCAGAGUUGGUCUGCCAAUGGGCCUCGUGCCUGAAGCCAGCUACCCAUAGAGCAUGUCCUUGGGGAUUCUCACAUCUUCCAUUCUGUGGACAUGACCAAGCUAGCAUGGAUGUUGCUGAGACAGGAGUGUGAACAUGUUGGGAAUGUGGGCUUGGGAGUACGCAUCUUUGUUUGAGACUCUGACUUGCCCUGUGAUGCCCUAAAUCUUCCUGAUGCAGCACAUGUGAAAGGCGUUGUGGUGUUGCUGGUGGUGGUUGUAAGUUGCCCACAACUCACUUCCAUAAAGCAGUGUGCUCAACACGCAAGCCUGGUAGACCUUCAUCUUGGUAUUGAACAUUAGCAUCAUAUUCUCCCAUACCCUUUUGGAGAGAUGAGCCAUUGCUGUAGAUGCCUUGCCAAUACGCUUGUCAUUGUAAUCCAUUACUAAAAGUUUGCCAUGAAUGUGCCGAUGGCUUCUGAUUCGUCCCUCCAUUAGGGAGAGCAGGAGCAACAAACCAUGAUCUCUGCCAUAUGACUAUGGUAAUCGGGGAUUGUAGACUGGGAAAAUUGACAGUGGCGUGUUUUGAGGAUUUAAAUGAGUUCUCAGUAGAACAGAGUGUUGUUAUCAGAUUUGCUAGUGUGUCAGUGCACUCAUGUACAAGAAACCAUAAGGGAAUUAGCAAUACUAUUCUUUGGAUCUUUGCUGGAGAUUGUACUCUACAGACUGGAUUGCAUUGGCUGUGAUCACUUUGCUUAGCUUGGGAAGUCUAGGAUUGACCAGUAUUAGUGUAACUGCUCCAGAGAGUGAGCAAUAAACAAAGUGAAGUUGCAGUUGUAAAACAAUUAUAAUAAUCCAUGAAAGCACAUUGAGGUUUACUAGAGGUUAAUGGCUCUGCAGCUUGAAACACUCAGAGACUUAGAGUAGAAGGGGUUAAUAAUGUGGGAGUUUUGCAGUUAAACCUAUUAAUGCAUUUCUAUGCUGGUUAGUAAAUGAUCACAGAGCUGUAAAUUUUUAGAGAAGGGACAGUUAAUGCUCCCUCACCUUCGUGUUGGGAGGUUGUGUUGUUUAUUUCUGUUCCUUUCUCUCUCCUCUUCCUUUUGAACCAUGUAAACGGAGCAGACAUCUGAGACUGGGACUUCAGAUUCAGACCACAUGUUUGAGACUAAUUUAUGUAUUUUGAAACCAAGAAUACCUUGCCUGUGUUGUUUCUGCUGUAGCAUUGAAGGAUGCAUGAGUGAGACUUGUGAUUACUGUAAGUAAAGCGCUGAAACGUACUUAAGGUGGUAGACUAUUCACUCCGAGAGUGGUAGAGGCAGCCCCCAUCCCCGAAUUUUAAGUGCUUAAUACUGGGGCAUUUAAAGGUCUAACAACUUAUAUUUCCUGUGCUUUGCAAAUGCUGCACAGAUCUAUGCUUUAAAUUCUGCUAGGGGCUAUUUUGGCUAAAGAGUAAGCCAAUUCCCACGUGCUUUUUAAAUUCAGACAGUCACUUUUUCUUUGUAGUUCCCCCUCAUGUGGGACUUCAGAAUUAAUUGGUAUUCACCAGUUAUUUAUUUCCCAACAAAUAAUUCAUUAUACAGGCUGGCUAACCCCACCUUCUUGUUUAAUUACUGUUGCACAUGGGGCAGGACAGGGGCCCACAGGUGGAAACUUGCCAUAAAGGUAAGUAGGAGGCUGAGCCUUUCAGACUUGGCUGCAAAUGGAACUGGGAAGGACAAUAAGGUUGCAACUUUCCCAAAGAGUAGCAAAUUGGAAAAUAAAGAAAAUAGGAAGAAGCAAAAGAAUCAAGACAUUAAUAUUUAUCUGUCCCGUGCUUACAGAAAACUGGAGAAAUGAAAAACUGAACUUCACUAUAACUUAAGGGGAGUACUGUUAAAUAUAGGCUAGGAAUCCAUGUUUGAUAUCAGACAUGGUUUAUUUUGGGGCUGUUGGGAGAGAUCAGUAUGUGGCUCUCUUUACAUAAAGAUUUUUAAUCAGCAAGUCUUGUAGAAUUAUAGGAUCCCCUAAUCCACCACAGUUCUCAGCAUGUUAGUGUACUUUACCCCCUUCAUUAAGCUUUCCUCUGUUUAAUUUUAAUUUUGAUUCCAGUUAAAAUGUAGAAAUCCUCUUCUAGGAAGAUACUGGUGGAUGCCUUUCCAUUGAAGAAUUUAGAGGCAAGGAAAGAACUGAGCUAAUUUUUUUCUAGGAGAAGAGAGAAGGAAGACAGAUGCUGUGGCCAUCUACACGUGGGGGUGGUAGAGUGUCUGAAAAAGCACAGCAUGGGGCAGCUUUCUAAUGUAGCUCCCAAGGCCUGAAAAAAAUGGGGGUGCAAUGUGUACCCAGUUAUAGGAUAAACUUACUGGUGAACUGGCUGUGAAUCUAAAAGGACUUAGUACAAAGAUCCAGGCUUGGACAUGAGUACCUGAUGAUGCAAAAGACACUUUUUCAUGGACCAUGUUUAGAUAAAUAAAUGUGCUACCUCCAUAAGAUGUUGGCCAUGUGAUGAGACUUACAUUCCAAGUUGACAGGAUUACUGCAUAUCUGUACUUCCGGCAGGCUAAUCAGCUUUUCUCCCAUCUCCAUUUGGUUCUUUGCAUUCCUUCAAUUUCUAUUUGUGUGUUCUCCUUGUUUGCCUCUUAUAAGACUUAAGAGUUCAGGGCUGUGUUGCUUUUUUGGCUUUCCCUCAUUCUAGUUUCAGAGCCAUAUCUUUACCUAAGCAUAGAAUUGAGAUGUUGUGGGUAUGCCUUUGAACUACUGAUUUUUGAAGCUGUGUAGCAUUCAAAAGGAUAUUGUAUUACUGAAAAUCCUUUUCAGUCAAUGAAUCUGUUUUCAAUUCUCAAUGCUUCAUAUUCCAUCACUAGAAUUCUGUCAGCUCUCUGUCUCUCUGCUUGUUCACUGUUUCUUCAUUAAUCAGGUGCUCAUUGUUGGAACUUUUCUUUUGUUAGUCUACUUUCCCAUUUUUUCCCCUUGUUUCAGAUCAUUUCUUAUUUCUGCUUUUGAGCUUCCUCUGUGAGGCAAACAUUAAUAUUUUUCCUCCCCCCCCCCCUUUCAUUACUGCUCUGAUUUAUUUUUGGGCUAUAGCUCUUUUCUCACUUGUGUUGGCAUCAGCAGUCACUUGGGAGGGUAAAAUCUCCUGGACCCCUAUAGGUUCACUGGCACUUUCUGCUAACAGAUUAUCCUUCCAUAAAUAGCAUCCUUGAUAUCCUCUGUUAAAAUCUAUUCCUUCUCUCUUUUCAAUUAGGGUAACUAUUCCUGUAAUCUCUUUUUUCCUUCCAAAGAAAACAUCUCAGUGUUUGGCAGCACCUGAGGAUGACAAAGCAGCCAGGCUUUAAAUGAAUUGCUAUAUACCUACUACAGUAAUUGGAGAUUGCUGGGAAAAGCUUUUUCACAACUGAGGAAAAGUCUGAGAGGAAGAUGAAUGAUUUUUGGAGAGGUUGGCAGGGAAGAGAACUUAAGGGUUUUGAGAAGACAGGAUGGAAAAUUUAUGUGAAAGUGUAAAAUGUUGUAACUAAAAGUAAUACACCCAGAGAUCAGAAUCUGACUAAAAUUAGGUUUCAAUAACAUAAUUUAGACUUUGCUUUAGGGAUGGCAUAGUAGUCAAAUACUGUCAAUAAGCUAUUGAAUAUUUGACAGCGACUAAAUAGUCAAAAAAUAUCAUUAGGUAGUUUUUCUCUUUUAAUUCAUCAAAGUUUCAUUUUUUGUCAAGAGCAGACAUAACUCCCAUUUUUGCAGCAGUUGGGGGUAAACUUAACUGCCUAGGGGACAUUCAGAUAUAGGCUACUGGCUAUUACAGCAGACAUCUCCAAGAGGAGCACAAGCCAUUAUCAGUGGCAAGUCUUUGUCAGGCAAAGUCUGUUAAUAGUCACUUAGCCUAGGUAAAUGAACCAUUUUAAACCGAAAGGGAAAAGUAGAGUUAUAUUCAAAUAUGAACUUCAGACUUCUUGUUGUAGUCAAGAGACAAACCACGUUGGUGUCUUCUGAUGUUUUGAUAUUUACUGUAGUUGAUUGUGCCCAAAGCUGCUUUGCACAAAUAAAAUCCCAUUAGAUAUAUUUUUUAAUUUUGUAUACAGUAUGUUUAGAUGUUUUAUGUGUUCAUCAAUUGUAAGCUGAGUAAUUGCUUUGUUGUGAAAUAACUGCAGUGUUGAUAUUCUGUUUUAGGUUCACCAAAAACCUGUCACCUGACAAAAUCAACUUGAGCACACUAAAAGGUGAAGGUCAGCUAACAAAUUUAGAGCUUGAUGAAGAAGUGCUUCAGAAUAUGCUGGAUCUUCCCACUUGGCUUGCCAUCAACAAAGUCUUUUGCAAUAAAGCAUCUAUUAGGGUGAGUAAGUGAUUUUCCUGGCACAGGAAUAAAGACCAGUUUGCCACAGUGGAUUGGAGGACAUUUGGUUAAUAGGAUGACUUCUCCUUCUGGAUGGGAUAGGCAGAGUCCUCAGAAGUCUUUUGCUUCCUCUUCCAGGGGGAGGAGCCGGAUUGGUCCAGACUGAAUCAGAUCAGAUCAGGAUUUACAAAUUGUUUUGUACAAAUAAAAAUUGGGGUGGAGGGACUCGAUAGCCCCAGUAGCUUCUUCUGCCCAUAUAGCUGUAUGGUGUCUGUUUCCUCCCUUCUCUUUUGCAGGUGUUUAUCCCCCCCCCCUUGUUGCUUUUUUAUUUGCUGUGUCCUUUUUCUAGAGCUAUGGUGCUGCAAUGGACAGAAUACUACAUAACAUGGUCACUAUCCAUUAGAGGAUGGAGGGUGCAUGUGGGGAUGUGAAAACCAAGAUAUACUAUAAUCUGUAGUAAUUUGUGGAUUAGGAAAAUGUCUGUGUCAAAAAACAAAAGUGCAUUCACUAUCAAAUAUAGGUGAGAUUAUAAGCACCCUUGCUUCUAACAGUGGUGAUUACUUUGUCUGUGAAUUAAAUUAUAGGCAUACAGCAGUUUUUUGUUUAGUUUGCAUAUCUCUGGAUAAGAUUAACACCAUGUUAGCUUCAGAAGCUAGGUGAAGGGAAUUCCUCCCCUCCACAUGCAUAUAUAUUGCAUACAUGUAUGUACACCUACAUGGACACACAGUCUCUUGACAUAUGUAGUAAAGUGUAUGGAACUGAUCCUUACUGAAUCAGAUUUGUGUGUCCUUUUUGGUUUCCUUAAUUUGAGUGUCACAUUCAUUUUGUUUUGACUUCAUUUGGUAAGUUUGCAAACACUUCAGUCCUUAUGAACAAGAAGAGGCAAGUUUGGUUUUAGGCUUGCAGAAAGGUAUAAAUGAGACAUUUAAUUUUUAUGUGUAUUGUUAUAUGCAACAUGAGAUUUCACAUUUGCUUUGAGCAUUUUCAAAACAGAUUGGUGAUGAUGCCAUAUUUUCUUUAAUGAUUUUGUUUUUAUUUUAUCUUGCAGAUACCAUGGACAAAAUUGAAAACACAUCCAAUCUGUUUGGUGAGUAUGGAAUUCAGCUUCCCAAAUUAACUAUGUUAGAAUGGUGAUGCAUUUGUAAUUUCCUUGCAAUCAUACUGAAAUCACUAAGCAAUAGCUAGCGGAGAGAAGAACAUUUUGCCGUUACUGGCAAUACAAAUACAGGGUUGUAUCCAAUGAAGUUGUUCUGUUCAGCUGAGGACUUAUUUCCUUGUUUUUUGUGCCAGGCCCCCCAAAUCUUCCCCAGAGGGUUGGGGGAAAACCCAGAACAGAUAUAGGGAGCUUGUGGAAGGAGAAGAAAUCCCAUUGUGCACACCGAAGGCCUUGUACAAAGAGGACAAUGUGAUUGGAUACAACCCAUUGCAUUUUACAUUAUUCUAAAGUGUUAUAAAGCCAAAUAGUUUCUGAAAUGUUUUGUCAUGUACCGUAUUUUCAUGUGCUCUCAUUCUAAGUUUUAAUUCUGCGAGAUGGCUUUAAAUUAGUCACUGAAUGUAAAACAUUUCAAUUGUUCUAAAUUUCUCUUGCAUAUCUAAAGUCACUGGAUAAAGUAAUAAUGGAAAUGAGUACAUGUGAAGAACCACGCCCUCCUAAUGGACCAUCGCCUAUAGCAACUGCAUCAGGGCAAAGGUCAGUCAUAAUUUAAAUGCUGCAAUAGAAUCAAGCAUUACAUAUGUAGGCAGUGCUGAGGAAAACAAGCUGAAUAGGCUUAUAUAUAGUUGUUAAUUGAAAGUGGGCUAAAUGGCAGAUCUGCUUGAGAAGGGCUGGGUUAGGUUAGUUAGAUUUGUAGAUAAAGGUAAUCAAAGCCCAGUUUAUGCAUGUGAUCCUAGUGCUUGUCUUUUCCAUGUGGUCCCCACUGUGUAAAGGAUCACAUGGAGAGACCAUGGUGUGAAGUAGGCUACAUGCAAGUAUAGCCCACAGAGGCCAGUAGUGAUUUCCAUAACUGUGUUUGCAUUUUUACAAGUCACUGUGACUACUGGAAAAUGCUGUUAGUCAGUAGUCCACAUGUUAUCUGUUUCAUGCUCACAUUUCUUGAAGCGACCCAAAGAUUAUAUGUAGAAAUAGGCACCUAUUUCUCAUGUGUGUCUUCUCUGUAAGUGAUAAAAAGACCCCGCCUCUUCCUUUAUCAGCUUCACAUUGCACUUACAAAGCUUUGGAGAGAAUUAAAUAUAGCUUGUAACGUCGUCUGUAGGAGGGGGAAACAGCCUUGCUAUGACUUUACAUACACAAAGGGGCCUUAUUGAACUAUAAUAGUGUUUGGGGAUUGUGGUGGUGUACAAUAAAAGGCAAACCGGUAUAUGGCUCUUUCAUAUCUCUCCACCCACCCCUGCAAAUGGCUCAGUGUGAAGGAAUGUAGUUCGUGGUGUUGUGUCCCAAAUGCUUAGGAUGCAUUGCAGUGUGGCAAAGAACAUCAUAUCUAUUAUCUCACCUACUUUUUCAAGGUGAUCUUCCUGUAGUUCUAGUUUGGCACUCAAUUACAGAAGCAAAAACAAGGGUGUUGACUCUAGGUCUAUAUAGUCCCAGAUAAUGAUCUGUUCUAAGUUCUUCUUUUAUUGGUCUCUGAGCGAUUUCAGUGCUAGUUUUAUCUUCAUUUGAAGUAGUUGUUAAAUCUAUGUUGAAAUUCUGUUUUAAAUUCUUGCAUUUUAUUUCACCAGCGGAUAUGGUUUUGCUGAAAAAGUUGUAGAAGGAAUAUCUGUUUCUGUAAACUCCAUUAUAAUCCGAAUUGGAGCAAAAGCAUUCAAUGCUUCAUUUGAACUCUCCCAGUUGAGAAUAUAUAGUGUAAAUGCAAACUGGGAACAUGGUGAUCUAAGGUUUACUCGAUUACAAGAAUCUCAGCGUGGAGAGGUAAGGCUGACUUUGAAUUUAGAACAAGCUAUUUUAUUCUCUCUUUUCUCUUUCUGUAACUAGUGUAUUUUCUUUUAUACAAAGAAAAAAACCACAUUACAGAAUCCACAUUCCUAUUGUAGCAUUGUCUAAUCAAUAAUAUUAGCCUGGUUAUUUUGCUUUAAUUUUACCAUUAAACCUACAUCAUUUUAAUAGCAACGUGCCGUAUUGAGGCCCCUGUCACCAUUAUGGCACGGCCUUGAGUUGGCAUAGUUGCUGCUGACUUUGUUUGCAUACUUGGCAUAUGACUCAUUAUUUCUGGCCCUUGCUAAACAUGAUAAGUGAAGUGUAAGUGGGGUGGAAGGCUUUUGUGGACCUUAGCCAGUCUACUGGAAACCAUAUCAUGUCUAAAGAACAAUUCCUAUGCAUGGUUUUAAAAGUGCAUAUACGUACAGUUGCAGGGAUAUGGAGCAGGAUACAGCCAAGUAUGAAUGACAGUCCUUCAGCUAUUAGUUAUUUGCUACUGAUAAACAUAGAUACCAUAAUAUCUUCCUUUAUGCUUAUACAGUGAAAAAAUGUGCUCAGGCGAGGAUUUAUCUAUGAAACUAAAGAAUAGUAAUUGACAUUACCUUUUUAAAAUAGGCAUGUCCCUUGCUUUGUGUCUGAAAGUGAAACCAUGCCUUUGAAUUAAAUGUAUAUUUUGAAAUGCAUAAUAUGUGUUUAGUAUAAACAUUCAGAAAUAUACUGUGUUUCACCAAGCAUAACUAUAAUGGUAAAAAGGGACUUUUUAGAACCAAAGAAAGCUGGUUCUUCCUGCCCUAGUUCCAUUGACUUCAACAGGCCUUAGACAUUAUUAACUUGGCCCAACCUGCAAAAUAUAGGUUUGACUAUUAUAUAUCUGACCCAUUUAAAGUUUAUACAAACCUUUUCAAAUAAAAUAAUGGAAGAAGUUUUGGAUGCUUGAUGUCAAUUUCUUUUUCUUUGAUUUAUGAGAUUAUUCUUCCAGGUAAGUUGCAAAUUUAAAUAGAAACCUUUUUUUGUUCAACAAUUAAAGUAUGAAGGGUAGAAAAUUGAACCCAAGUUCAGAUGUGACAAGUCAACAGGCCUGUGGGAUCUAGGGAAGCAAGUCUGCCUUUUUACAGUUCUCAAAUAGAUAUUUUAAAUCAGGAUACGUGUGUUUUAUUUUAGGUACUGACAUUUAAAGAAAUCAACUGGCAGAUGAUCAGAAUAGAAGCAGAUGCUAUCCAAAGCUCUCAGCAUGAAAUCAUGAGUGCUCCAGUUCGCCUCAUUACUAACCAGUCCAAAAUCCGGGUCACACUUAAAAGAAGGGUAAUACUGCUUUGUGAUGAUUUUGUAUAUUCCUUAAUGAUGGCAAAGGUGAUGGAGAGGUUCUGCAAAAAUUAUGUAUAUUUAUGUUCAGCAUUAGAUGUGUUUAACAUUCUAAUCCAUUUGACAUGAAAUGGGUAGAAGUUAAAACAUAGAAGAUUAUUGUACAAGCAGGAUCCACAAUUAUGCUGACAUGUUUGAGCUAGCACCAUUUUCUUCUGCUGAGAUAUCCUGCCUUUCUCUGAGCUUGGAGAGGAAAAGAACCACCUCUAGAGCGAGAGCGAGAGAGCGCUUGCUGCUUUAUGGAUUUCCAAGGCCCUGGAGGUCCCCUAAGCACCUUGUUUGUAGUACCUCUCAUACCCAACAUGAUUACAGGAUUACAUGAUUACAGGAAUGAGGGGCAGGAUUACUGAUGAGCACAAGGUUUGAUUAGCUAGUGGUCCAAGACUUCCUAAAGCUUGUAGUCCUUUAUUCACAGGUAUACUCAUUUGUGCUUGUUAAGUCAUAGAUAAUGGAGGAUAUUAAUCUUCCAUACUUGCAAUAAUUUUCUACUAUCAUGAAAAACAAAGUCUUGCCAACAGGUGGGAGUCAGUUUGGCAUCUUUGCUGCCAAUAUUGGAUGUCAUCAGAAUGAAGAGGUUAGCUUUCAAUUUUCAGAUUAUAAUGUAUCACAAGGUUUAUUAUAUAUAUUUAUUUUCUAUUGUGUUGUAUGGUUCAUUUUGUUAAUUGCCUUGAGCAUGCUAAUGGUAGGCUUGUCUUACGUAAAUAAAAUCCCUGACAUGUCCUGGUUUUCGGCAUCGGGGGAAUUUUGCCAGGAAACAGCGCUAAAACUCUAAAAGCUUAAAAAGGGUUUGUUAAAAAAAGUCAGGAAUUUUACUUUUUAAAUAUGACAAUCCUAGCUAAUGGGAAGUUGGGGUAUAGAUUUAAUAAUGAGAGGCAUUGUUUUGCCUCUAACUCUAAAAUAUUUUCCCCCUGAAAUUUCUUGGGACAAUUUGAUUAGGUAUAUAUUUGUUAAAUUAAGCUCCUGAAAAAUACUUGUGUAAAUUAAUAAUGCAAAUUCCAGCUUGCCUCUACUCUUACUGCACUGCUAAUAAAAGGUCACUCUCAGCAGGAGUAUAAAAGAACAAAAAUAAUUGAACAAAGGUUCCUGCUUUAUGCCAUGACUACGGUUAAGUCUUGCUUUGUGUUCUGCUUAAAAAUCAUUGACUGUAGUCCCAAAUCUUGAUAUAAAAUAUAUUCUAUCAAAAUCAAUGUUACCAAUAUUCCAAUUUUACUUUUUCUCUUCACAACAGUUAAAGGAUUGCAAUGUGGUGUCAUCUAAACUGAUUCUAAUACUAGAUGACUUGCUGUGGGUUCUAACUGAUUCCCAGUUGAAAGCUAUGGUCCAAUACGCUAAGUCUCUUAGUGAAGCUAUUGAAAAAUCAGCUGAGCAGAGACAAAGUCUAGCUUCUGAACCCACACAGGUAAGGAAUGCAAUCAUUAUUGCGGCUUAAUAUUAGUAGGUAUAUUUUCAGGUAAUGUUUGUCUUAUCUAAUGGGACUCAAACACAUAAUUUUAGCCUCAGAAAUUUUGCCUGCAUGGGGCUUCUGAGUGAAUAUGUACAGUACUGCACAGUUAAGAUUGUGUUAGGAUCUAUUGGUAGCCCUAGGAGUAACAGUCUUGUAUGUAUUUGUAGUAUUCUCUCUGCCUCUAAAUUAUAUUAUGCAUAGUAAAGCUUUUAUCCUUGGGGGGGGGGAACAAAUGCUGCUUUAAAAAAAUGAUAUUCCCCUUAAUGAAAUUUUGCACUUACAAAUUACUCCCAUGAAGUAAUACAGUAAUUACAAAUUAUUGGCCAGGCAAGAGAGGAAGGAGCUUCCAAAGAACAGGGUGAUUGUAUGGGAGAAGUUUGGUAUCUGUCCCACAUGUUUAUCAGUAUAUGACUAAGAAACAAGUAUGAAAAGAAAUGCUUUUAGAUUUGUUGAAAGCACCUAACUUUUUAGUUUGGAUAGCAGUGAAAUGUCAUACACCCUUGAUGAUUAAAGGUGUGUUUCAGAUGCUACAUUUGAAAGCUUGCCUUAACAUGAAAACAUUAAGCAUUUAUGGGAAUUCUUUUAACUCUGAGAUUUUUUUCCCAGUGCUUUGUGGUGAGGCUCUUGCUAAAGUUAUAUAUUUGAAUGUUUCCAGAGUUCUGCUCCUGCAUCCAGUUCUCAGCAGGUGAAAACACAGCAGUCCUCAGCCACUAGUGAUCAAAAUGAUGCAAUUGUGAAAUUAUUCAAUGAUUUUGAUGUUAAGGAAACUUCUUAUCAUCUAGCAAUUUCCCACUUGGACCUGCAUAUAUGUGAUGAUAUUCACGCUAAGGAAAAGGGUAAGUGUUUUGUGUGUUUCUUUUACGCUGUUUAACAUUGCUAGUCUUUUGUUAUGGCUGUCAGAAGAUAGAUUGCAGUAUAUUACUAGUCAAUUGUGUUCAUACACUUUCAGGUUUACGCAAUAUUUGUUGAAUGCUAAUUGGUCCUCAAUAGCACAGAGCAUGAAAUGUGCAUUGAUAUAGUCAUGUUUCCCUAUAGGUAUUCAUAGUGAAGCAGUUUGAGACUUCCCAAGAAGGGAAGCAUGUUGUCUUAAAAGUUGCCAUCAAAAGGCACUUCCUCGCAGAACAAAUAAGAAACACUACAUAUGCAGUAUUUUUAAGCAUUGUAUUAUUUUGCAGAUGCAAACAGGCAUGUUUCAGGUGGUGCUAUGCAGCUUUCCUUUAGUCAACUAACUGUAGACUACUACCCUUUUCACAAAGCAGGUAAGAGUAUAUGCUGAGUGGUUGUUUUUAUCAGUCAUAUUUGAUCAAAAUUAGUUCACAGUAUGAUCCUGAAAUAAAUGUUUUUUGUACUGUAUACAACUUAUUAAGCUACUUGCAUGUAGUUUAAUAUAAUAGGAAAUGGAAUGAGGACGCUGCAGAUUCAGUAUCUUGUGCAAAAAGGUGUAUUGCACCUUGCUUUCUGCCUGUUGAAAAUAUGCUUAGAUAUGUUUUAAAAUUAGUGUUCUGUGCACUUCACUUACAUUCUCAGUAGUCUGUAAGAUAUAUUAUCUACUGGUUAUUGACUGAAAUUGUGUCUGUGUGUGGGGUGUGUGUGUGUGUGUGUAGUCUUAGCCCUGUAGGAUUGCCAAGCAACACCAUCGGGGUCUUUGAGUCACAGCUCAAAUUCUUACCUCUCAAAGCAUAUGUUAAAAUUUGGGCUGCAGCGUUAAUCAGUUAAUUGAACUGAUCAAAGUGGCAGGUCUUGAUUAAAAUUAUAGCAUGAUUAAUGAAGCAUUGCUCAUACGUCAUUUUAAGCCCUUUCAGCUCUCUUCUUGGUUGUGUGCUGCUUCUACCAGAAAAUGGAAGAUCACCCCAGAACCACCUGUGCUAGUGAUGCGGAAGCCUCUGGGAGUGAUCUUCCAUUUCCACAGGGAGGAGCAUCUGGGGGAAGGAGGUGGUAGCUUAUGUGGCUUUGGAAAAGAGAGCUAGACAAAUGAAUGGAGAACACAUUUACAGACUGUGAAUAUUUUUAAAUGGCUUUAAACAGUGCUUCUUCUCUAGAAAAAUAGGUGUCGGUACUCACCAUGAAGUUGCUACAGUAGGUGCCACACUUUUUAACAACAAAAAAGAAGUGCCAGUACUGCAUACCCCUGAGUACCACCUGGGGGAAAAGCACAUGCUUUAAAUAAAAGAGUUAAAGGAGUUUUUAAAAAUAUACUUAAUGGCAUGUUUCUAAAAUUAUUUUUAAUUUUUGUCCAAAUAUGUCAUACUUACAGAUGAGAGCUGCAGCCAUUGGAUGCAUUUUAGUGAUGCUACCAAAGCCAGAAGUGGAUGGGCAGAAGAAUUAUUACACGAUUUCAAAGGCAAUGUUGAAUUGCUUAAGCAGGUUAUGAAGGAUCAUAAUAUAGAUUCUCCCAGUAAAUCUCCACCCCAGGGGUCUCCACAGCUCAUACAAACAGGUACAUUAUGGCAUACAUUGUUAACUUAUAUGAGAUGGUUUAUAUAAAGAUAUAUUACUGAAAUCUUUACAAUUGAUUUCAUGGGUAUAGGCCCCAGUAGUUUCAGUACAUCAGAAGGAAUAGUGCACUUGCAUUGUGAUUAAUUCCUUUGGGACUGUAAAAUAAUUUUUAGAAAGUGAUGCUUAGACUCAUUUGAGGAAAAUAGCUGAUUAGAUUCCAAAGCCUGCACAGAUAUGGCAAGUGUGCAACCCCCAAAUUACAAGAACAAUCAUUUAUAUUUAGCAAAUGAAUGGGUUUUAAUUUUGAUACUGUUGAUUUUUACUUAACAUGUUUUUAUUUCAUUUAUCUUCCACUAUUAGGUUAUAUUUUGACUACCCAAUAAAGGUUUUCUAGGUAGUUUACAAAGCAAAAAUUACAACCAAAGGCAACAAAUAAUGCAGCAGUGAGAUUUUAUAAGUAGUGUUUUAGUACAAAGACAGAGAGAGAGUUAAUGCUAAAUUUGGUUUUAUGCCUUCUGUUUCCUACAGGCAAGGAACAGAUACCUAGAGGAAUCUCUAAGCCUUCCCCUGUGUCAUCACAGCAACCAAAGGAUAAACUGAUGUCCAGCCCUGUGGUAGUUAGACUUGCAGAUAUUAAUAUUUAUCAGGUAUAUUUCAGUACUAAUUGCUGGUAUCAGUUCUUUUGUUUGUUGAAAUCUGCAACUAUGUUGAAGUUUUCUUGAUACAGAAGCUGACUUUAAUGAAAGCUGACACAGGCUUUGCCGAGUGGGCAUUAAAAUGUUUAUCUCUUGCAAAUAUGGGCUUCCAGUUGUGUUAAUUUACAUGUUUCUCCUAACUCUGGUUCAUCCUCACAAUCACAGGGUCUUGUAAAUUAUUUGGGUCCUGUAGAAAUGUAGCCGGGAAACAUAGCUGGAUUUCACACUAAAUUUUGUUUGUGAAAUUGGCUGGGUAUGGUACAAGUUUGUUAAAGGAACCCUUGCUCCUAGAUGUUAAGCUGUGCCUCUUCUAUUUUAGAAAAUAUUUACAUAGAAAAUGCCAGUUCUUUUCUAAGUUUAUUCUCCCUUAUGUGACAUAAAUACCCUUUUUAAAAAUGUACAUAUAUUGAUGAAUGGGAAUCUGAACCCAGGUCUUCCAGACCCUAGUCCAGCAUUAUAACACUGGGUAAUUUAGGCAUUUGUUUGAUCACUACAGUACAUCAGUGAAUUAUCAAAACUAUCACUCAUCUCCCCCCCCCCCAAGCCUAUUGGCAAUAUUGGGACAAAACAGGCUAUAUAGUAGGGCAGCUGUAAGAAAUUAGCACUCAGAAUUUUGAGCAUUUUAAGGCUGAUAACGUCUGAACUGUUCUUGGUAUAAAUCCAGAUAUGUGGAAAAGUAGGAUAGGUAACAAAACAAUUUACAACCCUGCUCCCAAAGCAGUGAAAAUACUUUCAAAUGUUCGAAUACCAGCACUAUGAUAAAUAGAGAAGUAAUUGUUCACAUUUGGUACUUCACAAAAUCUAAAAUAUUCUAUUGCUAAAUGCUGAACUUCCUAAUUUCAGGUUUCUACAGCUGACCAGUGUCGUAGUUCUCCUAAAACGCUUAUUUCAUGCAAUAAAAAGUCUUUGUACCUUCCAUCAGAAAUGCCAGCCAUUCAUAUUGAAUUCACUGAGUACUACUAUCCGGAUGGAAAAGAUUUUCCUAGUAAGAUGUUUUUAAUUUCUUUUUCCUUCUUGUAAAGUGUUACUUUUUUAUAUAAUAGAGCACUGGCCAAGGGCAGUUAGACUAUUUUGCAAACUGUUACUCUCCUUUACAUCCAAAUGGGCUUCAUUGUGAAAAAUGCGGGGGGAAAUAGCCCAAUGCUCAGAGUGCUCUUAACUUGGUGUGGUCCUUAAACCCCCCCCCCCCCCCCCCGUUUUUUCCAUACCAGUGAAAGCUAUGUGUAAGGAUGGGAAAUGUGUGGCACUCCAGAUAUUGGACUCUCAAAUCCUAUCAGCCCUAGAGUGGUCAGGGAUGAAGAGAGAAUUGUAGACCAACAUCUGGAGAGCCACAGAUUAUUCAUCCCUCAUGUACAGAGGUGUGCUGUGUGCAGAUUAUGACAAUUGGAGAUGAUACUUCACAGGGAUUACUACCCAUGCAUAUUAUUUCCAACAUAUUCUGUAUCCAAAACGAGCUUUGCAAUGUGUAGAAUCAGUCUGUGAGUAAAAUGUUAUUUAAAAGUUGUAUGUAAAUAGAACAAGAAUGUGUUGCUGAAUUCAGCAUAAGAUUUCUUCAGGCAUUCAGGUGACAACAAUGGCAGCAGGGGUGAGGCUAAUGCUUUCAUCCUUAUUGCCUCUCUUCACAUAUUUACUUUAAUACCUGAAGAGGCUACAGUUGUGAUUAUAGGAGGUUAACAAGUGAGAGGUGAAGCCUGUUACUUUAUAUGCAAGGGUUAUCAGGUUACUGAUGGCAGCCUGAUAACUUUCAGUAAAGUUGGUACAGUUACAAAGGAAGCUGUUGCAAGCCUAGUGAUUCACAGUUAGUUCUGUCAGUUUAUAUACUGGACAGGAGAAUAAAAAAGGUCAAGAUUUUGAUAGCUCAAUUAGAGAACAUUAUAUUGGUGUGUGAUUGAGUUUAUUCAGUCUUACUCUUCCAUGGGACUUAGAUGGGACUAGGAGAAGUGCUGUAACUUAGAAUUACCUUACUUUUCCUGUGAUAAGGCUGUGUCCCUCCAUCAUUCUCUCCUGCCCCCCCCCCCCCAAUAUAUGGGACUGCCAACAUGGUGCUAUCCAAAUUUUUUAGAGUACAGUUGCCAUCAUCCCUGACCAUUGGCCGUGAUGGCUGGGGCUGAUAGGAGUUGUAGUUCAAACAUCUGGAGGGGCACUACAUUGGCUACCCACAUUGACUAUACACUCAGAAUGGACUCGGGGACUAAGAUAUCACCACUGUGUGGCCAAAUGAGGCAACUGGGGAAAAGAGGGAGAAAGCAUGUACAGGAGAACACCAGUUGUGGAAGUAGGGAAAAAAAAGUGGGGAAAAAAAUCUCAAAAUAACCCAUUAAGAACUUGGCAUACUCAGUAGCCACAGAAUGCAGAGUUCAGAAUGCAGUUGUUCAGAAAUAGUACUCUGUAUACAGCCAGAACAUUGGCUUCCAAGAUUGGCUUUUCCUAUGCCCAUAAUAUUGGAUAUAGAUUUUGUUAAUGCUCUCAGCCAGUUGUUAGAGAGAAUGAUGCUACUUCUAAAAACGUUUUUAAGAUAAUAAUUUUGUUUUUAUUCCUUUAGUUCCAAGUCCAAACCUUUACAUUCAGCUAAAUGCUCUGCAAUUCACACUGGAUGAGAGGAGUGUUCUUUGGCUUAACCAGUUUGUGUUGGACUUGAAACAAAGUCUCAGCCAAUUCAUGGCCAUAUACAAGUUAAAUGACAAUUCAAAGCCGGAAGAACAUGUUGACGUUCGAGUUGAUGGGUUAAUGAUAAAGGUAAUGUUGUCAAAGAUACAGCACAACAUUGCUCAGUGUUGAAUUCCUGCCAUGAAUGAUGCAUGGGAGCGGCCACUUUAGAGAGAAAAUAUGUAUUGUCCAAUAAAGGGCAACUUGUGAAAUGCAAACCACACAUGAUAUAAAAGGGGUAAGUUGUUGUUGGAGAUUGAGGCUUCACUUACUUUAAAAGUUAAUUUCUAGCUCAUUUGGCUGAAAAAAAUUAAUUGGAGCAGGUUUUCAGAAGCACUUCCCAGUGUAACAUUAGAUACCAUACAACUUUCCUAACUCUGUAAUCAUAUAAGGGAAAGAGAGUAUGGGGUAAUACAGGUAGGUAGCCAUGUUGGUCUGCUGUAGUUGAAACAAAAUAAAAAAAUUCCUUCCAGUAGCACCUUAGAGACCAACUAAGUUUGUUAUUGGUAUGAGCUUUCUUGUGCAUGCACACUUCUUCAGAUACACUGAAACAGAAGUCACCAGACCCUUAUAUAUAGUGAGAAGGUGGGGAGGGGUAUUACCCUUCUGAGUAAUAGUCUAGUAAACAAAGUUAAAGAGGAAUAAACUCUGUGGAGUAGACAAUUUAGACCUGAAAAGUAUUUUAGUAACUUACAGUGUCCUAAUUUAGCACAUACGCAAGUGGAAAACGGCCCAGAAUGGAAUAUAUAAUCCAUUUAAAUAAUGGAAUAUAUAACCUGCCAACUAUAAGCAAAACCACUUGACAUCUGAUAAAGAAGAUUCUAGUCCACAAAAGCCUUAACCGCAAUAAAUCUGUUCAUUUUUAAGGUGUCAGAAAACACCCUUUUGUAUUUUUAUUUGCUAUGCAUAUUUAUCCUCCUAUUUAGUUUUUAUUAAGAUAGCUUUUUAUACUUUGUGGAAUUAUACCACUAAGGACAUCAGCCUUUGUGCUACCCACAUACAGCAAUCCCACAAAUUAUGUGGGGGUUAUGUUUCAGGGAUUGUGCGUAAAGCCAAAAUUGUGUUUGGUCAAAACCCCGUGGGUUCUAUGGUGGGUGGGAUACCCCAUGUCAUUUUUAAUGGAAUCUGCCCCUUUCUGCCUCUUUUUAAUUAUUUUUAAUUUUUUGCCACAUGCGUAAAGCACAAGUUGAAUGCACUUAAGUUGUGGGCUUACUGUAUUCCUUCACCCUACUUUUAGCUUAUGUAGUCACCCCAGUGUCACUUCAGCUCCAGCUUGAAGUAGCCAAGAAUGUAGCAGUCAGACACUCAACCUCACUCCAAUUUCUCAGCAGUUCCAGUGGAAUUGCAACCUGAAUUUUGGGAAGCUAUGAUUCCUCAGAAUUUUUAUGUACUUUGAUCAGUAGUGUAGGCACUCCCUGCGGUAGAUCACGUUUCUUUCUCACAUAUAUUCCUGUAGUUUGAGAAACACUUUUUCAAAAAAUUCUGCACUUGAAUCACUUCUGAUUUUUAAAUUAAUAUUUAUGCUUUUUGUUGCAGUUCAUCAUACCUUCUGAAAGGAAACGAAACCAUAAGGAUGAUCCACAUGCAAUUUCUAUUCAGAGUUCUGAAAUGAUUUGUACAAACACAAGGCACUCACCAAACUGUAGGCACUCCGAUUUGGAAGCAGUGUUCCAAAACUUCAAAGACUGUGAAUUUUUCAGUAGAAAAUUCACAGGCUUUCCAAAAUCCCCUGACUGUUUUAAUCUUCUGCAUCCAAUUUUCCAGCGACAUGCCCAUGAACAAGAUACUAAGAUGCAUGAUGUCUAUAAAGGUUUUAUCACUCCCCAGCUGAAUAAAUCUGCACUUAAAACAUCUGCUGCUUCUGAUGUCUGGGCAAUUCAUUUUUCCCAAUUUUGGAUGGACUUUGAAGGAAUGAAGAGUGGAAAAGGACGGCCAGUGAGCUUUGUGGAGUCAUUUCCACUUACACUCUGGGUUUGUCAGCCCACAAGAUUUGAGCAAUUGCAUAAAGAGCCCUCUUAUCAGAAACCCCACACCUCAAAACCUGACUCUAGUGACCUUGCAAACCGACUGCAGCGCAAAAAGCUUCUGAAAGAGUAUUACAGCACUGAGACUGCAGCCUUGGCCAACGGUAUUGAAAACCUGUGCACUAUGAGAUCCCAAUCUACACAUUUUAUAUCUGACGCUGAUAUUCAUGUUCUUGUUCAUGUCCAAAAACAUGUGAGCAUGCAAAUCAAUCAUUACCAGUAUCUUUUCUUACUCUACCUCCAAGAAUCUCUUGUGUUGCUCCUGGAUAACUUAAGAAAAGAUGUAGAGACUGUGACAGGCAAACCUGCAAAACAGGCAGAUGUCUGCAUUGGGAUCUUACUGAAAAGUGCAGACAUAGCUCUGUUGCUUCAUCCGCUGAUGCAAGGAAGCACCUGCAAGUCUCCUGUUUUAAAAGGAGAAAGUCCAGUGGCAUCAGACCUUUCACCCCUGGAGAACGGAGAAGCUUAUGCAUCGGAGAGCAAGCUAGUUCCUACUAAUACUGCACAGAUAAGCAGUUCAGAUAUGAAUGCUGUAACUGAGAGUAGGUCUGUGAAUGCUGAUUUUAGCAAAGCCAUUCUGACAGACCCUCUUUUCAAAUCUGAUAGUGAUUCGCGAAGGGGAAGUACGUUCUCUGAUGAUGCCUCAGAAAAACUCUGGGGGAAAAUAAAUGAAGAAAAUAGUGGGCUUUUCAAUCGAAGUGAUUCAGAAGAGAUUUGUGAGUCACUCAGUGACAAGAGUAAUACAUAUCCCAGGGAUUUGGUUAAUGUUUUGAAUUGCAGAGAAGAUUCUCUUGAGAUGUUGAUGGAGAAGGAGGAUGACAAAAGUGUGUUUUCAAAUAAGGAAAGUGGAGCAGGAGGUUCACCUCUUAAAGUCAGAGACUUCGAAUCUGAUGCUGCUUGGCAGUCUGAAGAGCUUGAAAGUGACAAAGAAAAGUUGGCUACAACCAAAACGCUUGCAUUUCAGUCUUCAUUAAGGUAUAGAAAACUUCUAGAAAAUUAACUUUGUUUAGAUUCAGUAAAGUGGGGGGCCCAUGCGGAUAACCAUAUAUUGAGACUUAAGGCUACUCUAACAUGUUACCAUCAUUAGGAAGUUGGCAAUGGGAUUUCUAUGGUAGCUUCUUCUGUGAUAGCGGUACUGUGCAAGUGCCAGCUGCUGCCAGGAGAAAUAAAUGGGAGGCAUGGCUUCAAUGAAUAAGAUAGUGAACCAAGUAAUGCACAGUAUGGGAGGAGAGAAAACGCAAACCUUGAGGGAGGUGGAAAGGCAGGAUGGAAUCUGAAAGGGGUUCCUGGUAUUAGAGAAAGGGUUAGACAUAAGCAUAUUUAGAAAAGGUUUAGAAGGCCUAUACACCUAACAAAUAUAUGCCCUGUGGCUGUGGCAGCAAAACAUUUCAUAGAUGCUGGUGGCUAUGCACAUUGUGCAGCCUUCCCAGAACAGUUGCUCUAGGAAACUUAGGAACAUAGGAAGCUGCCUUUUACUGAGUCUCAGACCAUUAGACCAUCUAGCUCAGUAUGAUCUUCACUGACUAGCAGUGGUUCUCCAGAGGUUCAGGCAGGAGUUGUUGCGCCCCCCCCCCCGCCGCCGCCAACCUGCAAAGUAGGUGUUGUGCCAUUGCCAUUGCCCUGUGCCAUUUUGGAUCACUUUUCCUUUCUUGCUGCUAAAUUGCCAAUUGCUCAAUUUGUUUGUUUGUUUUUAAUUAAACAAAUCUGUUUUUGACAGAAGUCAGAGCAGAAUUUUUUGUACCGGAUUUAAUUAUUGACUUGUAGAAAUACAAAAUUCUCACCAACAUUUGCCUUAAUUUAAUGGUUUGGAACAUUUUUAUUUUCUUUGUUUUUUUAGUUUUUUACCUUAAUAAUUUCCUAAUAUCUUUAUAUUAAAAAGUGGAAAGCCUAAGGAACGCUGCCAGUCCAAUCUCCCUGCAUUCUCUGUUUCUUAUAAGAACAUGAAGAAAAGUCCAUCACAAGCCUCUUUGGAUACCAUGUCUAUUGAUAGCAUGUUGUUGGAGGAACAGUAUUUAGAGAGUGAUGGAAGUGAUAGCCACAGCUUUUUGGAGAAAGGUAAGUAAAUGUCCAGUUUUUGGAGUUUAAAGUGAUAGUGAAUCAAAUAAUCAUCUGAGUUUUGCUCCUUGAUUCUACUAGUGCUUAGUACUAGUUUUAGAUUGUAUGUCGAAAAAGAGAGAAAGAUCUUAUUUACAUUUGUAUAUCUCAGAGGUAUCGUUUUCAACCUCUUGUGAAACUGCCAUUGUUGUGAAAAUACUGUACAUUACAGGCUGAGUCCAUUGAUUUGUAGGGUUAGUUUACCAUAUGGCUAAUGAGUUUCCACUUGACAUUAGUGCCAGCAUAUCUAAUUCCAGCCAAGCAGACUGGAUCCUUAGAGUAUUCCUCAUAGAUAAUUGUUAAUUAUGACUAAAUGCUGUUUGUGAUUGCAUGGCUAAUUUUUCCUUAUAUAAAUGAGGUAUUUUAUUAUGAAGGACGGAGUUUGACUUGAUAUUCAGUAUAUAUUAGUUUUAUUGAAUUUACUUUGCCAUGUAUAUGUUUAAUUAUUAUGAAAAAUUCAUUUGAGAGAAAUGUAUAGAUUAAAGUGUAAGCAAGAUUUCAAAAAUUAGCUUUCUGAGUAUUUUUCUGCUGGAGACAGUACCUUAUUUCAAUUUUAUUGAUUUCAGCAAUUUGUAUACUGCUUAAUUUGACAUUUCUAAAUGGUAUACAAGAGACUCAAUACAACAAGAUUAAAAAUGAAUUAAAACUAUAAAAUCAGAAUUUAGUUAAAAAGCCUGUUGGAUAAAAAAAUUCCUGGGUGUUCCUAAGUGAUGCACUUUGUGUGUUGCCUCAUUGCAUAACUAAGUUGGGUUCAUUAAUUUUAGUUCUACUCUGAGUAAAAUUAGGUGGCUGCCACCCUGUCUUUGAGAGCUGCUUCCUGCAGUCUAAGAUAAAAGACUAUUCAAACGCUGGGUGAAUUGCUUAAGUUGUGCGGUAUUUUUGGAAGAGGCUGUAGGUAGAUAAUGGUUAGAUGAACUGAAUUUGAGCUGGUCAGUAUGCCACAUCCAUAAAAGCUAGAUAGCGUACACAGCAGUAUGUGUGUAUCUUUAAAUCCCCUUUUAAAAUUUAGAAACCUAGUGACAACUGCAUGAAGUAUCUUUAUAAAAAUGUACAGCAAAUGUAAACACAUCUGUCUUUUUAUGAAUAUAUAAGCUAUCUUGUCAAAUAAACCAUUGGAAAACACUCCUGAUGAAAACACAGUGAUGGAAAACUAUGGUGGAUCAUCUCCGGAUGUCCUCAGCGCAGCUUCAGAGAGUGCUCAAGAUGCUAGCGAAGAAGAAAUGGUAAUGGUCUCCCAACAAGGAGGAUGUUUUCAUAACGUUUCUACUGGAUGGGGUUGUUUGAGCAGAUCUUUGGUCAUGAGAAUUGAAGCGUUGCUGUUUUGAAAAUAGUGGGACGGUGGGGAAAGUAUGCAAAUGAGGGUGGCACAGCCUGGACAAAAAAAAAUGGUCCUCAGUGAAAUAGGGGAGAAGGCUACAAAGUUCACUCUGCUUUAGCAACUACAUAAAAAGAAAGUACAGUUGUACCUUGGUAGUCGAACAGAAUCCGUUCUGGAAGUCUGUUUGACUUCCAAAACGGAAGCUCCUGCAGCCAAUCAGAUGCUGCAGAAGCCCUGUUGGACAUUUGGCUUCCAAAAAUAGUUCACAAACUGGAACAGUCACUUCCGUGUUUGCGGCGUUCAGGAGCCAAAAUGUUUGACAAUGAAGCUGUUUGAAAACCAAGGUACAACUGUAUAUGUUGAAUAAUGUUUCCCCUAGCAAUUUUGGAAUUAGCAGACAGCCAUGGAAUCAUACAAAAGGUUAUGUAACUUUAACCUUUUGUGGCAGCCUCUUUAGUUUAACUACAGUGGUGCCCCGCAAGACGAAUGCCUCGCAAGACGAAAAACUCGCUAGACGAAAGGGUUUUGCGGUUUUUGAGCUGCUUCGCAAGACGAAUUUCCCUAUGGGCUUGCUUCGCAAGACGAAAACAUCUUGCAAGUUUGUUUCCUUUUUCUUAACACCGUUAAUACAGUUGCGACUUGACUUCGAGGAGCAACUCAUAGAACGCGGUGUGGUAGCCUUUUUUGAGGUUUUUGGUGAUUUUUGAAGCUUUUCCAAAACUUUUCCGACACCGUGCUUCGCUAGACGAAAAUUCGCUAGACGAAAAAACUCGCGGAACGAAUUAAUUUCGUCUUGCGAGGCACCACUGUACUCUAUAGAGGGGCCAGUAUUUCCUUAAAAAGUGAGAAUGGGGCUUGUGGAUUUAAUUAUCUACACCCCCCCCGAACAGUGCUUAGAGUAGGAAAAUUCAAUUGAUAUAUUUAUUUCUCAUUAUGCAUAAAUCAUAAGCUUAUGAACUAGCAUAAGGUGAACAAAUUGCUCCAUAUGUUUGAAAGCAAAUAAAUAUAUGAAGUCCUCCUUCUGCAUGGAUCUCAUGAAUGUGAAUGGGCUUUUUGAUGAGCUGCUGCCAAAAUAGAGCUUCUGUGGGUUACAUUCACAAUUAUUCUGCUCUAAUUAUUUAUUUUAAAACUCGUUCCCCUGCAAAAUGCUCAGAGCCACCCACAAUAAAAUGGCAAUGGUAUUUCCUUUGAAAAGUGUUUAGAAACUCAUUCUGGUUGAGAAUACAGGUAUCUGACUGGAGCCAGAUAGCAGAGCAGGUGGUGCCCUUAUUACAAUUGCACUGACAUCCCAUUAGAGUUCAUGCCAGUUCAAAGUGCUGGUUAUGACCUAAAAUCCUAAAAGGAUCAAGUUAUUUGAAGGAUUGUCUUAUUCCAGUAUAAACCAAUCUGUACAUUAAGAUCUGUGUGGGACCCUUUCAGUGAUCCACCAUCUGAUAGAGAGCCUUCUUAGUACUGUGCCCAUGCUCCAAAGCAUUCUUCCUAAAGAAAGCUGUCUGUUCCCUUCUUGGGCCUUCCAUUGGCAUGCAAAGACCUUUUUGUUUCAGAGGCCUACUGAGUUGAUUAUGUUAUUUGUCCUGCAAAAUACAUGUUUUAUUAGCUCGUGGCUCUUUAGCUUCUCUUCUGUAUUUUGACAUGUGUGCUAUUUCAUUGUUUUAUCUGUAAUGUUGUGAGCUGCCUUGAGUAUAUCGUAUGGAAAGGGAGGAUAUAAAUUUCCCAAAUUAACUAAAAAUAAUCUAUCAGCCCAAAUAUUCAGUCAGCAUCCCUGAAAUAAAACAACUGAAAUUCAUCCAAGCAACUAUGACUAACAGAUGUAUCAGAUAUCACUAACACACAAUAGCUAUGUUCAACUUGGAGCAGAUGUAAGUAGUUUUAUACUCAGUGCUAUGAGUCAAAAGUUCCCAAUGGGUUACAGAGCCUACUCUAACUGAAAUUGGUUUUUAUUUCCCUUCUGUUACUUUGACUGUGUGAUUCUUUGAUUCUGCACAUUUGUCGGGGUGGGGUGGGGAGGUCAACAUAAUAUGAGCUUUCCCAGAUGAGUUACUAAUUGUAUUUUCAUUUUGUUGACAGAUGUCUGUUGUGGUUUUUAAAAUAUUUGGUGUUAAUGGUGAAAUUGACAUCAGAGGUAAUGACACAGAUGUAUGCCUUCAGGUAAACCAGGUUGUACCAAAUCAGUUGGGCAAUAUCAGUGUUCGGCAUUACCUUUGCAACCGAACAGCAGGUAAGAACUAAUUUAAUAUAAAAAGGCAUUUCUGGUGCUUUCACACUAGUGAAAAUGUAUAAGGAUUCUGUUUUGUUGGUUUUAGUAUGUUAUGAAAUAGCCUACAGAUUUGGACAACUAAAGACUUUAAAGGGGCUUGAAAACUGUUUGCCUUUAGUGGAUUUGUAGGUGUGUCUGUGUACUCUUCUGGAAUUAUCUGAAGAAAGGCCAGAACCUAGAUUCCCCCCUCCCCCCCUCAGACUUCUCCACCUGCAUUAAAUGAUUAUCUGUAUUCAGUUAGGUACUAGCAUACAGUGGAAUCCCAUGUGGAGCAAAUGGGAUUAUCACCCAUGCAAUGGCACUUCAGCUUCCCGUACCUUACCGUCUUUCACAUGCCCCCUAAAUCUGCUUUGAAGUGUUCUGUACCUCUGCAGAGCAGAUUUCGAAGGCAUGCAGUGGGGCUGCAGGGGAUAGAGAAAGUCUCGAUCAGCAAGAAUAAGUAUUCCAUUCAUUCAUGGACAGCAUUGGAUACAGCCCAUAGAUUAUUCUGCAGGAUUUAUUUUAUACUUUGUUGCGUAUUCAGUACAUCUGAAAUAUCAUUAAAAGGAAGAAAUGCUAUGCUGUGAAAUUAAUUUGUAAAAUAGGCAUUUGAGGGGAAAUUAUGAAUACUUCCUUUAUCUGAUUAUACUCCCUUUGAAUAUAAAGAUUAUGGAAGCAGUUUCCAUCCUUUUAUAGAUUUUUAAAUCAAAAUACCUAAUGCAACUUAGCUGUCUAGUAGAUGACAUAGCCCCAUUAUAUUUUGUGUUGUUUCAAAAUAGUCAGUGUUUACAUCAUGUUGGAGGAUAGACUAUAAACAAGAGACAUUUAAUGUCAUGUAAAACUGGUUUACCUGAUUCUGUACUGGUUUUAUAACAGGUUCAGAUCCUAAGACUGUGACUGGGCCAGUUAAAUCAACUCCUGAAAUCAGACUGAGAUGGGAAAGUGGACCCAGUGCUAUAAUACAUUCAUUGCUAUCAGAAAAAAAUGGGUUUCUACAAUGUCAUGUGGAAGGCUUGAGUGCUGAUUUCCUGAUGUCUUCACUUAUGAACAUUCAACGUUUUUUGGAAGAUGAAAUGGUUGCAGAAGUGAUGCCUAUGAAUAUAAAAAUUUCUAAUACAAGGAUCAACUUAAAAGUAUGUAAUUUUUGGAGUGAGAUUGAUGUCAGUUCAGAGUAAAUAUUGAUAAUUCGGGAUUGAGGGAAAGCAUUGCUUAAAAAAAAAAAGCUUAAAUUAACAGCUCCUGUUAGGUACUAGUCAAUAGUUUUAAAGUCAUUAAAUGAUGUGAUGUUUUCAAGCAAGCACUACUGAGUAAAAUUUGGCUUCAUAGAAAGCUAUCCUAACAUAAGUGCUGUAUAUUGUCUUCAGCUAAACUGCAAGAUUAGAUGAAGUAAAAUUCAAUGUUCUGCCUUGUUUUAGAGAUAUUUAGUUGGAUGUUUGGAAGCAUAUUCUCAUGAACUCUUUGCAGUAUAAAGAGUCUCAGAGUUCAUCUGUCAGAAACUUGCCUGUGAAAGAGGAGAGUUGGGCAUGCAGAAGCAGCCAUUCCUCAGAGGCAAGCAAAGUCUCUGUCUCUCUCCGCUUGAUGCUUUUGGGAGUUCUGCCAUUGACUCAAAUAUCACAGAGAACUUUACAGUCUGCUUGAAUUUAAUGUGAUAUAUUUAAAAAAAUAUGCUCGUAUCGCUUAUAUUUUCUAGGAUGACAGCCCACGUGACAGUCUAACUGCUCCUGAACCAGCCCCUGUAACGCUGAAUAUUGACCUCCUUAUGGUGGAGAGGAAAGAUGACGGUUCAUUUUGCAUCAGAGGUCUGCCUGCCUGCCUUUAUUUUACCAAAUUAUUAUUUUUAGAGUUUGGAAAUAUUUGUAUUGAAAGUGGGAUAAAACUCAUAAGAAAAUAGAAAUAAAUAUUAUAGUCUAAUACCGUCAUGGGGAAAAAUCAUGUGUUGCACAAUCUAGUCCAAGCCUCUAUGAUUUGUGAUGUUGUUGGCAUCUGAGAGACAGUGGAGUGCACGUCCAGGGGUGAAGUCAAAGCGUUGCGUUAGCAACACUGAAGUGACCUCCCUGGGGCACAAGCCUCGGCAGUGUGUCUGGAGGUCCUGGGCUGCCCAGACAAGAAGACCCCCUUCUCAGCCUCACUGAUGGUGGUCCAAAGGAAAGCAGAGCAAUAUGUUGGCACCAGCUUGGUUGCUGGAGUUGCUGGAAGGAGGCGUAAAAGGUGUCAUCCAAUCAACUUGGGGACUCCACUCUGGAUUUGUGUAGGGUUUACUCCUUAGCCCUUUAUUCUCCUGAAGGUAUCCCGUAAGGCAGCGAAGGUUUAGAUCAGAGUUUUCUUUCUCCUGGAUGUGCCACCUUCCCAGGUUGACAAGGCCCACCUGCCCCUCCCAUUUGGGCUAUAUAAGGGGGGCGGGAAUGCAGGUAGUUCAAUAAAACAUUUAAACUAUGGAGAAUGCUAAAAUACUAAACUGUAAGUUCAACUGUUUAAUGUUGAAGAACAUCUGAUUUUCCCAAUUCAUGGAAUGAGGCAAGGAUGAUAUUUAUUCAUAACAAAAAUAAACAUAAUUUUUUAUCAUAUAGAUUGAUAUCAUUGGUGAAUCAUGACUAAGUUUUUGCACUAAUAGAUUGAACCAUAUAGGUCAAGAUCAGUCAAGCUUUAUUAGUGGGUGAACAAUCUUCAACAGCACAAGGAGGGUAUUGAAUUUCUUAAAUUAUUACCCUGUUGUUGCUGCUUGCCUGAUCACCAUGAAUAUCAAAUGCAGAAUUUAAUAGCUUUUGUAAUUUUGGACACUGAAAUAGCAUUAAAUCAAACAGAAAGAAACUUUUAAAUUAAGACUUUGGAAAAUGCAACAUAGGUGUAGUUUUCACUACAGGUGAUAUUAGCAGCCUCAUUUAAAUUUAUAAAGGAUUUAAGUUGAAGAUGCAAAAGACUAGCUUGAAACUAACAUAUGAAAGGAUAACUAGUUAAGCUUCCAAAUAUAUCUCGAAUGUCCGUUUGUAACAAGAGGGCCACAUAAUUUGGAAAUGUAUAUGGCUCAGAACUCUUAAGAAGUUGCUGAUACUUAAGAGUCAAAGGAUUAAUUUAAAUUCUGAUAUUUGAUUUGGGAGUAUGACAUGUAAAGACAUAAAUCUGUAUUUAGCAAACUAACAGGAAGAAGUAAAUGGUAAAUCAAAGAUGUGAACACUGACUCAUUUCACUAUCAAUAAUAUUAUGUGUUGGAUGCAGCGAGAUACUAAGGCAAAGGUUGUCUUGAGUAGUAAGAGUUAUAAUUUGCUUCAUAAACAAUAGAACUCCCUCCAAUCCAGAUAUUUUGGAAAGUAAAAAAUGAAUCCCCCAAAAGACUGAUGGGGUAAAGUGGUUAGCUACAUCUAUUCACACAACUGUAAUAUCGUAACAACCACUAGACCAGUCUAGCUUAUCCUUUUAAGGGUAUCUGGUGGCUACACACGUGCCAUUAGAAGUCUAGUCUUAUAAAGGCACCUCAGUUUAAGAUGUCUGCAGAGAUAUAGUUAUGUGAAGGUGUGAUUGUACAAGGAUGCACUUUUUGAAGGAUUAGUUAUUUACGAAAGCUUAUGCUAUACAGCUUAGUUUCAUAGUACUUGAUACUUUUUAGCUGUAGAUCAUUAACUAUUUAAUUUUUUUUAUAUUGACACUGUACAAUUCAAGUUACUGAAAUAAAUUGCUGUUGAGAUACAAUCAUUGGAUGCUAUCAAGUGAUUUCACUCUUUCUACUCAGUAUGACUGAUAUUGCUAUUUACUUAUAUUCUGCCUUUUUCCUGAUUCAAGGCAACUUACAGAUAAGAAUAAGAACUGCUAAAACACAGAGAAAACAAUGAUGAAAUAACAAUUAAACACUGAUUGACUUAAAAUUAUAUACAUAUAUAAAAUCUAUUGAAAUCAUACCAAUAAUUACAAUAAAAACCAGCAUGGCACCAGCCUUUUAAGAGCAGCCAGUUUCCAAAUGCUUGUUGGGAAAAAAACCUCUUCGUUAGCCAGCGGUCCCUCGGCGGGGGAAGGACCUCAAAACCUGGGCUGGAAUGCAACGAGGGAAUGCAAGUCUUUCAGAUAGCUUGGACGUAAGCUGUGUAGGGCUUUAUAAGUCAUAAGCAGCACUUUGAUUUGUGCCCAGAAAUAGACUGGUAGUAGUGGAGCUGUUACUGUUGGGUAUCACCCAUUUUAAUUAUUAUUUAUUUUUAACAGAUAACCGAACACCUAGCAGUGAUGUUCCAAAGACUAAGACAAGUAAUGAUACAAGAGAACAAACUGCUGAAGUUGAUGCGCACAAAAAACAGAAUUGUCUGUCUCAAGCUACACAAACAUCUCCAGAAAUUAGCAGGUCUCUUAAACCUUUUAGGAAUUUAUCUGAUUCGAUCAAGGAGCAGGUAACCAUAAAUCUACAGAACAUUUCAUUUUGCAGUUCUCUUGACAAAAAUUGUAUGUUUUAACAUGAUUUUUUCCUUCUGCUCUAGGCCAUUCCUUUUUAAACUAUUCCCCCAUCAAAAUGAACUUUACAAAGCAUUUUGAAAGAGGGACAUGAAGUAAUUCUAGAUAACUAAUACCUUUGGUUCAAACUCAUGGAAAUUUGUUCUUGUUUUUUGUUAAGAAAGCAUUGUUUGGGGGGGGGAAUUGUUAAGAGGAGUCUAUAUAACACUUAUUAAAUUCUUAAUUUCUACUUUAUUAUUCCAGCUGAUUGAAGAAAAUGAAUGUCUUAAACAAGAACUAGCCAAAGCUAAGACAGCUCUUGCUGAAGCUCACUUGGAAAAAGACACCCUGCUUCAUCAAAUGAAAAUGAUGAAUACUGAAAGUAAAUGA